AUGCCACCUCAAGAUAUGAUAGAAAUUGUUUGUUCCGAAUUAUUAACAUUAUUUCUUCGAGAAUCACCCAGGAUGUAUAUAUUACGUAUUAAUGAUUAUUCCAAAGUAGGAAUUUUUCCUCAAUUAGGAGAAGUUUUAGCUAAUCUUGAAACGACGACGACGAUGACAAGAAAUUGUUUUUCAUCAUUAAAGGGAUUAGAAUGUAGAGAUAAACCAAUGAUGGAUAGUACAUUUAAACAAUUAUCAUUACUUACAACAGAAAUUACACAAUUUUUAAUUAUUGGUAGUUAUAAUACAGAAUCAUUAGCUAACUUAAUAAGAGGACAAAAGAGAAUACAAAAAGUAUGUUUUGAGAACUUUUCAUGUAUUUCUCCUGAAGAAUAUUGGAAACCACCUCCUGAAUGUUCCGAAUGUUCUAAACGUUCUGAUCGUUUAAAAAGUUCAUUCGAAUGUUCUUCGGAAUGUUCAUCAUCAAGAUUAGGAUUAGGAUUACCUGGAGGUGUAGGAUAUGAAAUAUCAAAGAAAGCACAAUUCAUUACUAGUCUUCAUCUAUUAAAUUCUUGUGCAGUAUUAAACAAAUUAUCAGAUUUUGUUAAUUUACGAGAAUUAACAGUUCAAUGUAUAGAAGAACAUAAUUAUCAAACAGCUGGAGGAAAAUUGAGAAAGAUUAUUAUCGAAGGAACGAGAAUUGUUGAUCCACAGAAUAGUGCAAAUCUUGUUAGAUCCAUAGUAAACAAAUGUCCAUAUUUAAAAUCUUGUUCAAUUCCAUUAUCAAAUAAUAAUUCGAGAUUAAUAAUUUUGAUUCUUGAAUUUUGUAAACGAAUUAAAGAUUUAAGACUUUGUGCCAUACCCGAUACCACAUUUACCACAGUAUUGAUUCUUAUUGGAAAUG